AUGAUACGACCUAUUAAAUGUUUACUUAAAUAUACAUCAACAGCAUAUAUUGAUUAUCAAUUAUUAAUUGAUUUGAAUAUUGAAAGUUUAUUUGAUAUUCAACUAUUAUCAUUAACAAUUGAUGAAACUGAAAAAUUCAGAAUACUUUGUUCAAUUGAAGGUCAAACAUGUCAGUAUAUAUUUCGUGUUAUUAAUGAAAAUACAAAUACUAGUAGUCAUAGUUCAAAAUCUUAUUUUACUGAUUCAAUAUCUUCACUAUUAUCGAUUCCAAUAUUAUCGAAUAGUACUCAUCAUCAUGGAAAUAAUAGAACUUAUUCUUCACUUAUUCAAACAUCACUUGAGAAUUUAGACAUUGGUUCAGAUUUACGUUCAAUUAAUUGUCUAAAUUUAUUAGACUUCGCAUUUGAACGGUUUGAAAAUUUUCAUUUUUUUUUUAAAUUAAUUAAUGUUGAAAUUUCAGUGGUCUUCAUAAAGCGAAGAAACGAUUAAGUCUAGCUAUUCCAUUCAGUCCAUGAUUCAAGUAAAUAAAUGAGUGUAUCAUUAAGACAAGUUAGUAUUUCAAAUGAGAAUUUCUCAUAAUUAAAGUAAAACAUUCAGAAAAUUUCGACUCAUUUUGACAACUGAUAAAGGAAUCGGAAAUGCGUGUGCUCCCUAAAGUUCUGGUCUACUAGUAAAACUCAUCAUGGUAUCUCAUUAGUAUCAGAAAUAGCCAGAAGAAAAGAUAUCGUACCAGCGAUUAGUGCUUCAAUAGAAAGAUUAUUUAGCUCAGCUUGAUUAACAUUGACUCAAUGACGAAUACGUUUAUGAUCAAGUCAAAAUUUUCAAAUAUAUUAUUUAUUCUUUCUUGUUGUCUACUUGUUGAUAUUGAUUACAUUUUUGAAUAGUGAAUAUUUUGAGUUUUUGUUUUAUUCAGCUUAUGAAAUCGUAUGGUGACCGAAUAUUCUGAUUGGUUUUUUUUCGUUGUUUUGAAUUUAGUGAUACUUAGGUCUGACCAAAAGUUGUGUCAUCAUUAAGUAAAAAUAUAAAGAUAAGGAGAUAUUUUUAAUUUUAUUUUAUCAAAUGUUGAGGAUAGUUGCCAGUAUUAUUUAUUACAAGAUCAAUCUUUUCUAGCAAUUAAUAAAAAGUUUUUUUUGAACUAUUUUUGUGUAAAAUUUUUAGCU